AUGGAGAAGGACGGGGGGGGGCUGGUUCAGGCGGCUCUUGAAGCCGUAGCUGGCGACGCCGCUCACCACGAUGGAGGGAGCCGCCGGCCGGCCACCGUGGCGGGCACCGCCGCCCAUCUCGCCGGUGCAGCUCCCCGCCGCAUGGCAUCGUUAGGCGCCAUGGUGGGUGGUGAUGACCACUUCACCGGUGCAACUCCCCCCCGCUCGCCCUCGUUCUCCGCCGUGGUGGGCGGUGAUGAGGGUUUCGCCAGUGCAAAUCGGCGCUUGGCCUCGUUCGCAGCGGAGUAGGGCGCCGCCCACCUCGCCGGUGCAACUCGCCGCCGAUUGGGUUCGCUGGCCGAACCCGUGGUGGCGGCCAUGGCGGCCGCCGCCGGGCACUUCUCCAGGGCACACCAGGUGAGCUUCGCUUAGGUGGUCGUCAAAGGUGCUCGCCCACCUCCCUCUCUCUCUCCAUCUAUCUCUAUCUCUCUCUAUACAUCUCUCUCUCUCUCUCUCUCUCUCCCCCUCUGUCCCCCUCUUUCUCCAUGCAUCAGUUGUUCUCCCCGCAUUGAGGGGUUUCCAUCUCCGUGGGUUGUCCACCAUUCAAAAAUAGAUAUUUCAGAAAGGAUCUGAGUGUUGACUUCUAUCGAUCUACGAUCAAAGAUCUCCUGCCACGAUUGAUGAACCUCAAGAACUGUUUUAUUUUUUUAAUUAAUCUGGAAUAUUAUUGUCCAUUUACGUUUCCUGAAAUUUACCACGAAAAUAAGAAAUUCUAAACACAUUUUAUCCAAAUAAUAAAGAAAGGUCCUAAACACAUUCUAAACACUCAAAUUUCAAGUAAAAUUAAUAUUAGUCUAAAUAAAAUAUUUAUUUCCCAUAAUCUACUGUUAUCACUAUUAUUAGUAUUAGUAUGAUUAUUCGUAUUAUAAAAAAGAUAUCUUUUGUGCUGUGUGAGUUGACUUUUGAGAUUUCAUUACUUUUGUGGUAUAAAUAGGGUGAGUCCAGUGCCUGAAGAAUGAUCAUACGUUUACUUCAAUAGAAUCAACAUGAGUCUACUCCAACAUAUGUGAUAUGGGCCGUAAGAGGCCGUAAGAGCGGACACUUCAUGGAUGAUUGACUCGGACCAAACAGUUAGUGACUGAUGUAGUCAACGCGCGGACACGUAUGAUAUGGGCCGUAAGAGGCGGCCAACGGUUAGUAGUCAGCUGGAAGUUUCUUCGAAACCCGUGGGAGCUAGGAAGUGAAGAUAGCGACCAAAGGCUUGAGUGCCAAGCCAUCUUUGACUGACCACUGCCACGUCACUUCGUCGGAAAUUCUUACUGAAACUUUAAUUAAGUAGGGGGUUAUUUUAAAAAAAGCUUCUCCACUUCCAAGCGGAACCUCGACCGACCAUGACUAAGCGCCAAGAAACGGGACCUAUAUAAAUUCACAGCCCACCGAGGCUACGAACUCGUCGCACUGAUCCUCCAGCAAAGACUCCACCGAUUCUUCUUCUUCAUCCUCUUCCUCUUCAUCUUCUUCUUCCUCCGACAACCCGAUCCGUCGCAUCGCCGCCGCCCGAUCCUUCUCCAUGACGUUCGAACUCGAAGCCCUCCGGCCAUCUCCGGCGACCGGAGCUCUUAUGUCCUCUUGCGGUGAUCUGGUAAUUCCUCUUUUAGUUUGGCUAAGAUCGGAGGACGAGAUGGGGAAGGAGAAGGAAAAUGAAGGGAGAUGGUAUUGGUGGCUACUGAAGCACUGGAGAGCGUGGGCCGCGGCAGCCAGACGGCCGAGCGGCGGCGAAGGUAGCCCCUCACCCGCCGCCCCCGAGGCGGCCAUAGUCGCCGCUGGCAAGCACUUCUCCAAAGUGCACAAGAUAACGUUCGGAUAGUGGGGCGGCACACUCUCUCUCUCUCUCUCUCUCUCUCCUCUCUCUCUUCUUCCAUUGGCUCUCAGGGGGAACUAUGUAAGCUUGACAAUGUAAAAUCGUGUAUGACUGGGGCUGAUUUCUUUUGCAGUUCAGUAAUGAUCCACGGACGCUCUGGCAACCGUCCGAUCAUGCUUUUCUUGAGAACUUCAUCAUUCAGGGCCGUCGAUCUUUCCUAUUCCAGCUCCACCAGGCCCUAUGACCCGUUAUAACAUUUAUUUGAGUCUAUUUAUAUUUAUUAGAACCUAAAAAAUGCAGAAACUUGGCAAUUUGGUAGUUUAUAUAUGAAUUUAUAUACAGAUAAGAUCACGAGUAGAUGUUCUUGAAUAAGUGGCCAGUCAGAAUAUAUAUUUAUUAAAGGGAAAAUAAAUAUUUCCUAUAAAAAUGAAUAUAUUUCUAUACAUAUUUUUAUAUUUUCUCCAUCAGAAAUAUGUCUUUUGAUAUAUUACUGUAUGAGAAAUACAUAAAGAUGAUCAUUUUGACGUAAUAAUUUGGAAGGUUCUGGAGGGUUUUUUAAUUUCAAAAUACUAUAAAUUAAAAUUUAUUGAUUUAUUAUACACCCAUUAGAGGACCACUGUGGGUUUAUAUUGGGAUUACUUAUAUUCCAAUAAAUAUUAAAAAAAUAAAAAGUCAAGCUGUUGACUCUUACAGAAGAUGUCACAGAGUGUCAACAGAAUUGGGUAAGUGCACCGCCGACUCGGCCCAACAGAGAGCUUAUAUAAGCCACGCUGCCGACUCGUCCUUCUGACUCACCUAUCAAUCCUUCUCCCACCGAGUGGACUCGCCCCCAUCGAUUUUUUUCUUCCUCCCACCGUUGUCUCGCCGGCCGAUCCUCCUCCUCCCUCCCUCUCGGGUGGUCGCUGUUUUCAUUUUUUAGAAAGGAGAGGAGCUCAGAGAGGGGAAGAUUGGUAAGGACGGGGGGAGCUGGUUUAGGCGGUUCUUGAAGCCGUAGCUGGCGUGCGCGGCCCACCACGGCGGAGGGGGCCACCGUGCGGCCACUGUGGUGGGAGGCGCCGCCCACCUUGCCGGUGCAACUCCCCGCCGUGCGGCCUCGUUCGCUGCGGCGGAGGGCGCCGCCAUGGUGGGCGGCGCUGUGGGUUUCGCAGGUGCAAACCGCCGCUCGGCAUCGUUCGCGGCGGGGGAGGGCGCCGCCCACCUCGUCGGUGCAACUCGCCGCCGAUCGGGUUCGUUCGGCGGGCCCCUGGCGGCCAUGGCGGCCGUCGCCAGGCACUUCUCCAGGUCACACCAGGUGAGCUUCUCUUAG